UCCUGCCUUCCACCCUUCUCCCUGUGCCGUGCCGGCCUUCGCUGGGUUUGUCCCGCUUCCCCCCGCCCGCUCCUGGGACAGGGGCCAGCGGACCGCGGGGGAGAAGGUGGGUGCUGCAGCCUCCCCGCGGGCUGCGCUGCAGGGGUGUCCCCGAGGAGGGGGAUGCUUGGGGGGCUGGUGAGUCACGGUGCCCCGGGGCCAGCCCUGGGCUCUGGGGGGGCCCUCCCGGAGCGACUCCCGCCCCCGCUGGGGAGGACGGUCUGGCGCUGCCGCCUGCUGAAGAAGGCUCCCAGGACUGACGGAGCGCUCUAGGUCCACAGGCCGGUGCUGUGCAUUGUUGGAGACUAGCUCUUGGGAUCACCGCAGCCCCGAACCAGCCUUCGCUCCCCCCCGUGUUAUUCCCAGCAUCGUGACUUUUCCAUCAUGUCAGAACCUAUAACCCUCAACGUUGGAGGAAAACUGUACACCACUUCCCUGUCUACCCUGACUAGUUUUCCAGACUCCAUGCUGGGCGCCAUGUUCAGUGGAAAGAUGCCAACCAAGAGGGAUAGCCAAGGCAACUGCUUCAUUGACAGAGAUGGCAAAGUGUUCCGCUACAUCCUGAACUUCUUGAGAACUUCCCACCUGGACCUCCCUGAGGACUUCCAGGAAAUGGGCUUGCUGCGACGGGAGGCAGAUUUUUAUCAGGUUCAGCCACUGAUUGAAGCAUUGCAAGAGAAGGAGGUGGAGCUCUCCAAAGCUGAGAAGAAUGCCAUGCUCAACAUCACCUUGGAUCAGAGGACACAGACAGUUCACUUCACUGUUCGGGAAGCGCCCCAGAUCUACAGCCUGUCUUCCUCCAACAUGGAAGUAUUUAGUGCCCACAUAUUCAGCACGUCAUCUCUGUUCUUGAAGCUCCUAGGUUCCAGACUUUACUAUUGCUUCAAUGGCAACCUGUCUUCAAUAUCCAGCUACCUGCAGGACCCCAACCACUUGACCUUGGAUUGGGUCGCGACUGUGGAAGGCCUGCCAGAAGAGGAGUACACUAGACAGAACUUAAAGAGACUUUGGGUGGUCCCAGCUAAUAAGCAAAUUAAUAGCUUCCAGGUAUUUGUGGAAGAGGUGCUAAAAAUAGCCAUGAGUGAUGGGUUUUGUGUGGAUUCCUCCCACCCCUAUGCCUCUGAUUUCAUGAAUAAUAAGAUUAUUCGACUAAUUCGGUACAAGUAGGAAUAGCCUGUUGUUAUGGUAUCAGGAAAUACAUAACCAAACAGUGUUUCAUUUUAAGACCCACUUCAAGACACUGUAACAAACAGCCUAAUACAAAAUUAUGUGAUAAUCUGUACUAAAAAUCACUAACUGUGAGUUGAUUUUCCUAUACUGAAUUUACUGAUGUCCUUUCAGAAUAUGUCUGUAUUCUAGGUGGAUGGAAUGUUGUCUAUUGGCUUGAGCAGGGUCUAGGAAUUAAGUUCUGAGCUCCAUUUCUGCCUCCA